AGAAAACGAUUAUAUAUUAUAAUCGAAGUUUCUGAUACGAUUAUUUUGUUCUGUGUGGGUGUGAGGUUUAGGGCAUUCACCGCAGGCUUAAGCUUAGAGACAGGGUACCCGCGAUUCACGAUGGCCGACGACGACUUCGAUGAUGUCGACAUGGGGUAUGAAGAGGAGCCACCAGAGCCUGAGAUUGAGGAAGGCGCAGAGGAAGAUUUGGAAAAUAACAAAAAUGAAGAGGUAAAUGGAGAGGGAGAACCUCUCGACACUGAGGAAAGGGAAGAUGAACAACCAGUAGUGCGGCCUCGAAAGACAUCCAAAUUUAUGACUAAGUAUGAGCGUGCUAGGAUUUUGGGUACCCGUGCUCUUCAAAUUAGUAUGAAUGCACCUGUUAUGGUCGAGUUGGAGGGAGAAACUGACCCACUUGAGAUUGCUAUGAAGGAGCUUCGAGAGCGGAAGAUACCCUUUACCAUCCGUCGCUACUUGCCUGAUGGAAGCUAUGAAGAUUGGGGAGUUGAUGAACUGAUUGUGGAAGACUCCUGGAAGAGGCAAGUGGGUGGUGAUUGAUGGUUUCAACUAACAGAGCUAUGGGAAGGAGUAAAGGACACAACACUUCUCAUAAUAUUUAUCUUUGAUUUGUCUGACGUUGAGUUGAUACUGAUCUAUGGUUCUACCAUAAACUUGGCUUAUAAUAUUAUAUCGUUGUAUUAAAUUUUGGGUGUCUGUGUAUC